AUGCAGGUACGCAGCAUGCUACAGACUAGUGGAAAAAUUAGCCCCACCAAGAUUACCACAGGGACCAGAACCACCGAGACGCUCUUCAGCCAUCAACCACUCCCACAGCCACAUUAUUCUAAUGUUCACAAUGGUAGUGGCCCUCCUCCAAUGCCAGGUUCUGGCCGCCGCCCAGGGAUGCCCCCACUACCCCCCUCUGCAGCCCCACAACACUUGCCACCUCAGCGUUCACCUGAGGAGCCCCGGCACCAGAUAAUUCAUCAACUACAGGAGCAGGAGUGUGGUGACACCUCCCCACGCCACUCCAUUGCAUCCAACACCAGCAGUAACCUCUCCUCUCCCCCUUCACCUGGCCGUCCCCCAGAUCACCACUCAUCAUCCUAUGACUCAUAGGAUUCGUUUGGC